CUUCUCGGUUAGUCCCAGAGUCAGUCACAUAUUACGAGAUGAAAUUGAACGUCCGAACGACCGAGUGAUCCCAACGAUAAACACGAACGGUGUAGUUUUGACAGACCGAACUUGACGGCUAUUGUGGGAUUUGGAUGAUUAUGAGCGAUAGCUGCGGUGCGCGUUUCUUAAAAAGUUCCGACGUUACCCUGUUCGAGAUAUUUUGGCGCCGGCAUUAAUUGGAUUGCGUUAACGGGGAAACAGUGCGAGUCGUCGUCGUUGCGACGAACCGUCAGAUUCGAAAUAUUAAUCGGUUUUUACUGCGUAGCAAAAGUGCGUCAAGUUGGUUAUUCGGAGUAGACGUUGUGAUCGUGCUUCGUUUGGAAUAUUUUUCGUUCGAUAUUUUUUUUUUUUUCAAUUUGGUUGAAGAUUCCGAUGUCAAAAUGUAACUAUCCAACGGUUUUCAAGACGCGAGCUACUGGAGCGUGCGCGUUCAAAACGAAAUAGCAACGGCAGACGUGUUUCUAAAAUUGUAUUGAAGCUGGCAAAGGCUGGAAAGAAUCUUCGGAAGGUUUGACGCCCCGCCAAGAUCGCGUAAACAAUCUCACCUCCUCUUGCAUAAUCAAACCGACCUUCGGUCCCACCCACUAUAUCCGAAUUCCGAAUCGAUCCGCGCGAAAAAAGUUUUUUUUUUUUUUACAUCAGGUAACCAAACGAAAUUUUCCUGCACACUGCAACUUUGAAUCACGCUUCCGAAAUACGAAUCUCCGAGGACGUUAUCCGCCCACCGGUACUCAAGAAAUCGCGUAAACCCCCCGAAACCUUGGAAAUAAAAAAUCGAGCCGAGUCGGUUUCAUCAUGAAGACGAGAUACCCUCGGAUAAGGGCGACCACUUCGAGUCCCAUCAGCCCCGCAUCGCCGAGCGAAGACCCGUCUUCCGAUCCGGUGAUAAAACUGAGACUCGACAAGCCUCUGCACUGGGAUUGGGAACUGACCACGUCGGCGGACACUCUGCCGGUCGUUCAGUUUCUGGACAAGGAUGGACGUCUUUUGGUAGAAACUACCGGCCGGACGGCCCAAAGGGCCCGAGGAUCGUUUCGCGACGGAUUGAAGGUGCACGAAAAAUUUCCUGAACGCGAACCCUUGAGGGAAAACGAUGACGCUCCGGCGGCGGCUUGCGGAAACCGAAACAUCGACGGAUUCAGCUCAAAAUACGGAUCCGUCCAGACGGGUUACCGACCUAGAAAAUCGCGAAGCGACGCGAGCCUGGGCUCCAAGGAGAAGAGGGACAAACGGAUCAAGAAGAGGAACUCUUCGGGGAUCGACAGAGCGCUGAGACAUCUGGAGGAAAGCGAUCAUCGGGGAGACGAAAGAGUCCGAUCGCCGAAACGCUAUUCGGCGGGUGAUUUUCUUCGUAAGCAAAUAUUGGACGAUCUCAGAACACCGGAGACGAUCGGUAAGAAAACUGCGGAGGAAAUCGCUCGUGAGAGAUGCGAAAAAGUGAAAGCCUACCUGAAGGCUCACAAGGAUCCUGACGAAACGGCGAAAAGGCCGGCUCCUCGCGAGGUGAGAUUGAAACAAAUCAAGGACCACUCGUCGGCGAAUGAGAGAGGCGAGAUCACGGUAAAACCGGAAGACCCCGGUCGGGGGGGCAUCGCCAGGAUAAAAGAGUACUUGCAAAAUAAGAUUAAAGAAAAAAUGAACGAGGAGGAAGCGAGAUCUCCGGCUGAUGGGAAGCUGGCAGGUGAAAUAAAAAAAAGGUAUUCCGAUCACGUGCACAAUGACCGUAGAAAUUACCGGACGAGAAAAGUCCGGAGCGAAGCGAACAUAAGGUUCGAUCCGGACCUCAGCGAGAAGGAAAAGUGUCGCGCGACCAACGAAAAGAAGAAUCCCGAUGACGUGGGUGGGCGAAAAUCAUGUCGAAAAACUCGGAGCGGUGCGCUCGAAGAUUUUGACAAGGCCUCUUUCGUCGGUGGUGAUCAACUGAGGAAAAGAAACUCCUCGGGUGGUUCGGACCGGCGAAAAGUUUACCGUAAAACGAAGAGCGACGUAUUGCUGAACGCUAUCGAAACCAGUGUGGAUUCGGACCACAAGGAGAGCGGGAAUCCGCCGCGGAGGAUACAGAGUCAGGACAAUCUGGAACGCUCGUGGCGAGAGUACAAAGAGCGAAAGAGGAUCGAGAGACUGAGGAAGACCUCGGAAACCCUUCAUCCGGACGGCGGGGUGGAAGAGGUCGACUUCAUGACGAAGCCGAGAUGGAAGGAUCUUCAACACGACCUUUGCCGAGAGCGGGACUGCAGAGUGUGCCAGAAUAACGUAGAUUCGGAUGAGGAACUCCGUGCGAACGAGAGCAACGCGGUGAAAACGGAGGAUCAUUUGGAAGCUGAAAUCGCGCAGGAGUCCGCCGAUCGCAACGGACCGUCGACCGACCGGCAAGAAAAUUAUUUAGCGCUGGAAAAAAAUGUUGAGCGAAUGGAAAAACGGCAAUCGCCCAAUAUAUCGAAGGUCCUCGUCAAUAAUGUUGACACGUCGCGAACGAACUCGAGCGUUACCGACGGACAGAGUGUUCUGACUAUGGAUUCCCCCGACUAUGGUUAUAACUCGAUGCAGAAGAAUACCUUCGCGAAGUACAAGGAUGCUGUGGGGGCUGUUAACUCGAACGUGAAAAAGAGUGAUACGUUUAAGAUAGUGGAUGGUAGUGAAAUAUCGGAUGAAAAGAAAGCCGAGCUAACGCCACAGUCGAACGAGGACAUCACAAGGGACUACUUCAAACGAGUUUACGCUCUGCUGAAACAGCGACAGGAAAACGCGCGGAAAGUUCAGGCCAAUAGCCCGGGAGACUCGCAGAGACUGGAAGACACGUCCUCGUCAAACUUUGUCGAACCGGCGCAACGCAGGAGACGAAGAAGGCGAAAGAAAGACGCCGCUGUCGCUACACCAGCUGGUGAGGAGGUCGUGUCGGUCGGAGCGGCGUGCGGAGGAGGUCGGGAUUCUUGGGCCGUGCAACGACUUUUGGUAAACGCGGAAGCUACGAAUCCACGACUGCGUCGGCAACAGCUAAACGAGGAGGAGGUAGCCGGAGCUAAGAGGCUCCGGCAUCCUGCUCCUCCUUCGUCGAAGGUCAAUGCCAAGGACAUAAGCAAGUACUUCGGCUCACCGAACAAGGAGAACGACAGACCUCAGCAGUAUGGUGUGAACAACGUUCAGCAGCAGCAGCAGCAGCAGCAGCAGCAUCAGCCGCAACGUUAUUUGCAGUAUCAGCAGGACCAAGGAAAGAGCAAAGAAAAUCGGGAGGAGGAGGAGGAGGAGGAGGAGGAGGAAGCGGAGGGUGCGAUAACCAAGGGAGAAAAAGAGAUCGAAGAGAGGGCAGAAAAUAGGGAUAAGGAAAGCGAGAUGGGCUCUAACCUGAGUCGUCACAAUGGCAAAGGGUUGACGGGACGUCGUACUCAGUCAUCCGGAAACCUGUGCGAUCCCAAGGGGAAGUUGAACAGCGUUGGUAAAAUUCUAGUGCCUUGUUCCAGUGCCCAGAGAGAGAGAUACAAAUUCUGCGGGUCCUUGCCCAAUCAUCUGGACGGAAAGGAGACCGGUGACGAUCCUCCGGCGGAAAACAACAACGUGAUAUCCGACACCAUCGGCGGUAACCUGGGCGGAACGUUACCCCACAAAAAACGAGCACUAGGCGUACAUUUUUCGGACGUUGGACCAACGGGUACGUUGGAUCUCGUGAAACACCAUUCGCAAGACUCUCUAGACGGGGAUCCUUGGAGAUAUCAGCCGGGCACAAAUCUUGACCUGGUGAGAUGUAAACACGGAAACUUCGACCUAGUUAGACGCGGUCAGGGCGUCGACUCGGUGGACGGUGAUACGAGCAGGAGAUACGGCAGAGGAACUUCGACGGAGGACAAGUGCCAUCGCAGUUCGGAUCUGGACCUGGUGGAGACAUUGCCGAAAAGGCGACAGGAUUCGAAUCGUAGCAAACAGAGUGGGAGCGGCGAAAAUUCGUCGAAUCUGGUACUGCAACAACAUCGUGGAGGCGGAGUAGGCGGAAGUGGUUCAGGUGGUGGUAGUGCGGGUGGCGGUGGUGGUGGUUCAGGAGUUGAUCGGGUUACGGAAGACCUCCUCAUGAAGUUGGUCCACAAACCGGACUGCGAGCUAAUGAAACAUCGGCAGCAAUUGAACCGCGGCAUAGAUCUACGUCUGAGCAAACUGGCGGGAGGUGAACCUCAGGAUCAAGGAUACGCCUCGGAGAGAUCGCCGGAGGACGAACAUCCGCCCUCUUUACCCGGUGAACCAUUUCCCGCGAUAACUCCAGAAAGCACCUUCCGAGUGACGUUACAAAAAAGUAGCCGAGGACUGGGCUUGAGCGUUUCUGGUGGCGGUACAGCGGGACCAGUUCGGGUGAAACGACUGUUUCCCCAGCAACCGGCCGCUCUGUCGAACAAACUUCAACCCGGCGACAUUCUUCUAGCCGCAAACGGUCUGCCCCUCACCGGACUGACGAACUACGAGGCUCUGGAGGUUCUUCGAACGACACCGAACACGGUUGAAUUGGUGGUGUGUCGUCCCCCGGGUGCCGAUGCGGUUGUUUCACCCCUCGGAGCACCACCCCCGCCACCGGCGAGACGUGAAAUUCCUCCGCCCUUGAGAAUUUUCACCCCUUUGCCGCCUCUGCAAAUCGAACCCUGCGGUGAAUUCGACAUAGAGAUGACGAAGGUCGGCGGCAGUUUGGGAUUCACAUUGAGAAAGGCGGACAGCAGUGCCCUCGGGCAUUACGUUCGCGCCCUUGUCCGCGAGCCAGCUCUUAGCGACGGUCGUAUACAACCGGGUGACAAAAUAGUCGCCGUUGACGGAGCUCCGUUGUCACCCAUGAGCCACGAAGAGGCCGUCGCUCUUCUCAGGCAGUGCGGACCCAGAGUGAAACUCCGACUGUAUCGCGACUUGGCGCAGACACCCGUCUCAGCUCUUUCUCCUACCGAACCUGACCACCCUCUGCGACCUCCGAGGACCAGCUUGAGGCAAGAGGCUGUAGAUAUGUUAUGCGAUCUUGCUGUGCGAAAAUUGUCGCCGGGAACGUCGAGCGGGUCGAGCUGUCGACGCACAACGAACAACUCGGCUAGCAGUAGUUCACCGAGAAGACUUCGAAGACCCGCAACCAGGACGCCGACGACCGAAAACGAGGAAGCUAACGCGCAGAAGUAUUUCGUUACCCAAAUGUCCACCAGUCAAGCGGACACCUCGGAUUCGGAUCAGUGCUCGAUCAAAACUCAGAUUACAAAUUCGCAGACGAACACCCCGAGCACGGAGAUCAUCGACCCGCCACCCCUUUACGACGUCCUCGACUCGCCGGCGGAUUCCUCCUCCAGACCGGCGAGACCAAAUUUUCUGGAUCUAUCCGGUCCCCAGGAUAAACCACAUUUUCAGUUCAGCGUGGAAUCCGACUCGGAUUGCACCGGUUCGUUGGACGGACCGCUCUUCGUUGCCGCUGGCGAUUUGAACCUUGAAACGAACUGCGAAUCCGAAGAAUUGCCGAGGGAAAUACCGAUCGGAACCGCCGGGAUCCACAUUGGAAAUGACAACGAUUUACCAUCGGAACCAGCUUCCAUGCCUCCUGAAAUUUUAUCGUCCGGUGCCACCAGCAAUGCGUUCAGUUAUAAAAAUCCCGCCUAUCAAAGCGCCAAUCCCGCAUGCGGCGGUAACGAUGUCACAUCAAGGAAUAAAACGACGCAUUCCAGCGACCAAGACAUUCCAGGAACGGUUCUCGGCGGUGAGGAGUCUGGGGGUAGCAGGGGUCUUCUGAAGUGGAAAGGUGUAAUGUUUACCACAAACGACGAAGAACAGGAUGGCAUUAAACUGGACACCAAUGAUUCCAAUGAAAAUAUAAAUGACGAUUCGCCCAGUGCAGACGUUACUUGUGAACAAGGCAACCAGGUGUUCAUGGUCGAGCUGACGCGCGGGUGGAACAGUCGUCUCGGUUUUAGCUUGCAACCGGAAGGAGAUCGUACCGUGAUUUCGGUUGUUCACGCCGACAGCGUAGCCGCCAAAGACGGUAGAUUGAAACAAGGCGACGUUCUACUCAUGGUGAACGAUGAGAGCGUCGAGAACAUGUCAACCGGAGACAUAAUAGACUUGCUGCGUAAAAUUCGUGGCUCGAUAGGAAUUACGGUGAAACGUAGAGGCAAUUCGGGGGCAGCAACGUGAUGCGUCACCGCUGCGAAACUUUCGACUGACUUUACAGAGAGGACGAAGACGAAUAAUUCAAUGCCUACGAAAGGAGAUACCGAGACGUACGCGGCAUCCGUGAAAGGAUGAAAAUAACGAGGGAAAAGAGAAAUAAUUUGGGAAGAUUUGAACUCCAUUCUCCGACACAUUCUGAUCCCUUGGCCGACGUGUCGCCCCAAUUGCACGGACGAGGUAACGCAUAACAAUCGAGCAAUGGUAAGAAAUAAUAAUAUUAAUAUUAAUAAUUUUUGAACCGUAAAAGAUAUUCUCCGAAGUUCAAAACUGCCGUUAUUUUUUAAUUUAUUAAACUAACUAUUCCUAACAAUGUGAGAAACUAUAUUGUGUAAAUACCUGAAGCAACGUCCGCGUGUAUUACGGACGUAGUGUAGAUUUGUAAAUUUGCCAGGGCAAUUACAGCGGACGAUAAUUUGAUCGCUAAUUUUUUAUUAGAUUAUUAGAAACUCAGCACUGCUGUGACAUGUCUGCCAUAAUUAUUAAAUCGUACGUACGUCCCGUAAAACGAUCCUUUGAUAUCGUUAAUUAUUAAGCCUACGAAUUAUCUAUAUCUUUAGCGAUUAGAAAGUCGUCAUAGAAAUGUCACAACUCUGUUUCGUGAUCGUCCAAAUAACGAAUUUCUCCGCGAUAAUCGUAGUAAAAUUUGUAAAUUUUAGGGCGAAAUCCGCGAAUAAUCAAAUGGUAUAGUCAAUCAAAAUUAUAUUAUGUACACAUAGACAAUGUCAAACGAAUAAAUGUGAUUCGAAAAUGUAGAAAAACGAAACGACGAAAAAAAAAAAUAAAUAAAUGUUUAAACGGACCGUAAUUAUUAUGCACCUGUGAAUAUAUUGAUUUAAUUUCGAAUAAAUAUUAUACAUAUCGCGAUGCAGAAGCAAGAAAAAAAAAAAAUUACUACAAAGAAUGCGUACGAAAUAUAAGGUACUAGGUGUAGGCCAAUCAUAGUAUUAUUAUAAUAAAAAAUGUAUCAAUAUUUUCUGUAGUUACGGUGUAAAAUUGUCCAAACAGUUAAAAGUGAGUAUUGAUAUCUAAUCGACAUUCGUUCGGGAAGUACCCUAAAAUUCAUCAAACGUUCGUACAACUGUAACUACAAGAAAAACUAAUGUAAAUAUAUGUAGGUACGUAAAAUACAUAAAUGUAUGUGCGAUCGCUAUAUUAACAUUGCGGAAGGAAAAAAAAAAAAGAAAGAAAUGAUAAGAAAACACCGCCAUAAUAUGUUAACGAUAUUCAAACCGCAGAAAUUAUCUAUUUUUAAUUUAAUGUAAAUGAAUGUAACGACGAACAAAAAGAAUAAUCAAAAAUUUGUUGCUUAUGUUUAAGCUAAACGGAACAUUGUAAAAAAAGAAAAAAAAAAAAAAAUAAGGAUAACGAUAACGAUAACGAUGAAAACAAUAAUUGUGAACAAAAUGAGAGAAAAAAUGAAUAAAUUCAAUAUGUGAUAGUUAGCUAUAGUAGUCGCAGAUUUAUUAGAACGUUAUAGAAAUUUCAGAACUCUAAAUCACGUUAGCAUCUAUCUAUAUGAUACAUAUUAUAUCGAGAUGAGAAUAAUAAUAAUUAAUAAUAUAAAUCAUACCAAAGUAAUGUGUAAGCAAUAUCAAAGACAGUUAAUUUCAACGAUGUUUCAAUUAAGCCUGUAUUACGGUAAAACUAUAAUCGAAAAUAAUUAUUGUUAAAUAUACGUAAUUGUUGAACGUGAAAUCUAAUUUAUGGGACUGAUCACAUAAACGUAUUAUAUAUCCUUGUUAUUUAUAAAUGUAUAAAUUUCAUUGUAUGAUUGCAAUGUUGUAACAGUGUUAAAUAAACUAUCACAUGUCUUUGAUAA